CUGUACUCUGCUCCCAUGAGCUUUUACCUCGCAGUUGAACACCUUAGGACAGAAAUAUCCGGACCGAAGGUUUCUACUCUGACUACAUCUACAUUUGGAUCCACUGAGAGUUUCUCCACAAAGUUUGAGGAUGCCGUUCCACUACAUUCCCAUUCUAGAGAUAUUCUUGGGCUUCCUGGGCUUCGGUCUCUCCAUCAUCUUCUGCACCGCCUUCUGCAGGGCAUGUAGCCGCAUAAGAGAGGAACAGAUAGAGAUGGAGCUACAGAGAAGAAGUGAGCGCGAUGGGCACCCUCAUUCUAUAUAUUUCAUCCCCUUCCCCAGAAGCGUGUCACAGCAGGACGGUGAAGACAGCUUAAGGGCACCUCGCUACAGCCAGGCAGUCCAAUCCCCACCAUUAUACAACACAUCUGCAUACAACGGGCCACCACCUUCAUAUAGCGAGCUGGGAAUUAAGCCAGAGGAUCUCCCCCCUGCUUACACAGAGUACAGCUCCACUCCUGUGUAUCCCAACACACCUCCACCUCACACAGACACGGCUCAACCACAAACACAGUCACAACAAUAAGCCUGGACUCUUCCACUGUGCCUGUGUUGAGGUUUUGAACAGUCUUGAUCACUGGACUUGAUUGAGCUUGCACUUUUUUUUAGUUUUAAAGAUACUUUUUAUUCUGAGCUUCUGUUUUUAUUGCCCUAAAGGUUAUGAUAAUGGGACAGAAGGGACCGAAGCAACAAAACCAUGGUUAUACAGCAUGCUAUCCACGGCAAUAAAACACUUAAGGCCCAGAAAUAGAUUUUAUCCCUGCAUAAUGUUUGUUAAGAUGGGCAUUAGGCCAUAACUGCCAACCAAGAGAAUAUAAUUCUGCUCCUGUUUGUUUGAAAAGCUGUCUGCUUUACAUCAAUGCAAUGUAAAAAAAACUCAAACCCUGCAAAAGCAUUAAUGCAUUAUGGUUUUUAUCUUGAACCAUGGGUUGUACAUAAGGAGUUAUGUAACUGUCACUUCUUCUUCACACUCAUGAUCCCUUUUUGAAAUUGUGAUACAGCCACAGCAUCUUUGCGAUUUAGGCUGUUUCCACACUAGACCAUUAUCCAGUCUCAAAUGAUUUAAAAAAUAUGGAAGACCACAGACAGGACAGGACAUUUUCAAAGGAUUUUUCACCCUGAAAUUCUGUGUGAGACCACUCACCUGCUGUUUGUGGUAACAAUCUCAAAGUAAAGAUUCCCCACAUACAAGAUCUUGCAAAAACUUGCAUGAUAAAACAUCGCUUCAUGAGAAAAACAAACAUGGAGGAUAACCAAAAUUCUUUGCUGUCCUGGCGUAUGCUACUUUUAUAGAAAAAAGAAAAAAGAAAAGUAUAGGGUGAAAUUCUAGCUGAGAUGAAGGUAUAGUCUUGUUUACAUAACACAGAACAUCAUAUUUUAUCAAAAAAAUGACAUUAAGACAAAAAAUAUUGGAAAAUGUCAUUUAAAAGAGGUUGAGGGAUCUGAUGUAUUGUCUGAAGGCUGCAUCUACUAAUUUUAUAUACUCUUCACUUUAAAUUCAGGUAUUAUUAUAAAUCUAGUGCCACCAGUAUGUGGUUAUCUAUAAAGCACUCUUUUAUGGCUCAUGGUUUUUUUAAGUAUGAACUUCUUUCUCUUUAAAGGAAUUAUUGCUAAUACAUAUUUCUAAUUAACUGGUUACUCUCACAUCUGCCAAGUCAUUGUAUCUUCGCACAGUCGGGAGAUAAUGAAUUGAUGUAGCUUUUACUUCUGCUCAUGUGUCACUUGAACUUUGGAGCCGUAAAUCCUUUUACAGUAGCCAAAUGAUUACAGACAGAAGUUUAUUAUUUGCCAAUAUUACUUUCUUCAUCACCUUCAUAGAAUCAAUGUUUUUUAUACUUGUAUUUGAAUGUAGAUCCUGAUUGAAAAUAUAUUAUUUUUCUAGUAAAAAUGACAAGUUUACAUGAAGCCUUUCAGUUUUUAUGGGAUGUAUGCUAUGUAUAGCUCAUAUUUUGUGUAUAAUGUAAUUUUGAAUGCAUAAUUUAACUUUAAUGAAUGUAGAAUUUAGAUGAAGUGGAUUUAUUGAGCUGUGGCUUUAGAGACACAGCUGAACUACAUGUUCUUAAUGAUAUAAUUUUUUUAAAACUUAAUGUCAUUUAUUUUUGUAAUUUUUCCCAGUGUCAAAGAUACAACUUAUUCUCAGGGAGUUCAAACUGAAUGUAUUAUUUUUUUUUUUUUUUGUCUGUUAGUCACAUUUUAGUUUUGGCUCAGCUUAUUUCUAGUAGGACAGUAUUUUGCUUUGAGCAUUAAGCUGUAUUUUGCAACAGUUUUUAAGGUGAAAGCUAUUGUGCAGACUUUAGUAUUGAGAACUAAAACUUAUGUAAUUCUCAGGACAAAUUUGUGAUAUAUGUGAAGUAGCUGGUCUACUGACAGAUCUCUGAAUGGAGCAUCAGAACAACUGUGUCACUCCAAAGUCUAUGUCAGCAAAGGUUUACAAAAUAUUAACUAGAAAUUGCAUAGCCUUUAUCUUAAUAGAUAAUAUCAUCCCUGUGUACUUAGAAAAUGUUGAUGGCAUCUUUUUUGCAGAAAAUUAAAACAUCUGUGUAUCUGAGCCCUCUGUUGUAAUGAUAAUAAGACAUAAACUUUUUAAACAAAGGGAAACAAAACUUCACUGAGUUUGUAAUGUGUUAAAACAAGAGUACAAGAUUAGUUUUUUUCUUAAUGAUGAUGCUGUUAGCGUAACACUGACAGAUGAUGCAAGGGGUCAUUUU